UUGGCAAAAAUAAAAUUAUAAUCCAAAAAUUUUUUUGAACUCGAGCGAUUUAUUUAUUUAAGACUAUUAAAAGAGUUCAGUUAAAAACUACAUUGUGGUACUGAAAAAGAUUUUUCAGUAAAAAAAUAAAAUGACAAAUGAAGAAAAACUUUAGACAAUAGCCGAAAGUUCUAGUUAAGAUUUUAAUUCAAAAAACAGGCAAAAAUGGAAGAGCAGUCACAAUCGAUGCUUCAAAAAAUUAAUAUUUUUUUUAUAUAAUUUUAAUAAAAGUUUCUUUAAGUUAUCAGUAUUUAAUUAUUUAGUAAUUUAUAAAUCGCACAACUUUAUUAAUUAAAAGACACAAAUUAAAACAAAAAGAAAACAAAAAAAUUAAGAACAUAACAAGAAAAUGCUAAGCAUAAAAGUUCAAAAACUUUUGUUAGGAAUUUGUUUACUGAUUCUUGUAGACAUUAUAUGGGUGUCUUCAAGUGAAUUAACUAAGUAUAUAUAUGAUGAAGAGAAAUAUGACAAACCAUUUUUUUGCACGUAUUUCAAAACUUCGAUGUUUACUUUAUAUUUAUUAAUAAUUGUUUUGAUGGCGCCAUGGAAAGAAACUUGUGAGCGAAAUAAAAAUUAUUCAAUCAUGGAAAACUCAGCUGAAGAAGAUAAUUAUUUUUCCAAUCAGAACUCUCUUAGUGAUCCAUCCUUUGUACCCAUCCGCGCUGGAAGUGAGACAAUUUCUGGUACGGAAAGUGAUGAUUCAAGUAUACGCAGUGUCCGAUUUAGCAAAAUGGCAGAAGUUCGCGAAAUGUCAGCACAUGAAGCCACGGAUGCGUUAAUGUCCCGCUUGUCGUAUGCAGCAAGUUUAAGAAUACGUAGACAAAAAUCGCAUCAUAAAACUGCUCGAACUGCACUAUUAUUUUGUGUUAUGUGGUUUGUUGCUAACUAUUUGUUUCAAUUAUCUUUAGAAUUAAUUGAUACAGCAGUUGUUACCUUAAUUAGUUCAACCUCAAGUUUAUUCACUCUUAUUUUAGCUGCAUUUUAUCCAUCAAUAGCUGGCGAUAAAUUUACUUACUCAAAAUUUUUAAUUGUAAUUAUGAAUAUUACUGGAGUGAUAAUGGUAACAAUAUCUCAAAUAUCAGAUUCAUCAAAAUACUCCCGUGGAAUUGUUUUGGCCCUCAUCAGUGCAUUUUUUUACGCGGCGUACCUGGUGUUUGUUAAAAGAAAAAGCGAUACGGAAGAAAAAAUUGACAUUCCAUUAUUUUUUGGUUUCGUGGGACUUUUUAAUUUACUUCUAAUGUGGCCAAUAUUUUUUAUUUUAAACUUAUUGCAAAUUGAAACUUUUGAACUUCCAAAUCAACGGCAAUUCGCCGUAUUAUUUCUUAAUGGUUUCAUAGGAACAGUAUUAAGUGAAGCGCUAUGGCUUUGGGGGUGUUUUUUGACAUCGUCCUUAAUUGGAACCUUGUCAAUGACAUUACAAAUACCACUUUCAAUGGUAUUUGAUUUAUUAAUACAUCACAAAGUUUAUUCAAUAUUUUUAUAUUGCGGCUCCAUACCAAUAUUUUUAAGUUUAGUAAUAGUAACCAUUCUAAUGAAAAAUGAUGAUGUAGAUCCUGUUCUGAAAAUAUUGAAAAUUUGCCAUAGGAAAUUAUGUGUUUGUCGCCAAGCUAAUAUUGUUAGGGUCAAUGACGAAGAACAAGAGGAGUCUUUAAUUGGCAACCAUGAAAAUUGAUUGAUAGAUAACUAGACGUAAAAUUUGGAAUUUGAAAUACAUAAUUUUUAAUGGAAAAAAUUAAAUAGUUCAAAACAUUUAAUUUAAGUGUUAUUUUAAAAAAUUAAAUAUACAUAUAUUUUUUUUAAUUUAGUCAUUGUAUAAAGUCUAUUUAUAUUCAAUUUCAUCGAUUAUUAAUUCGAAUUUUAUAAAAUAUUGUUUUAUACUAAAAAAGCUAUAAGAAAUGGUAUUUAAAAAGGUAGAAGCAGAAAAUAGUAUUUCUGGUAUAAGACGGUUAAUAAUAAGAUACUUUUUUUUUAACAAAAAACAUUAUCUAAAUAAUAUCAAAUGCAUUUCAUAACAUAAUAGAAUUUUAAAAAUCUAAAACAAACUGAAAAAUAUUUAAAAAACAUGUAUUUAUUUUUAAAACUUUGUUUUUGUUGAUUUAAAACUUGAUUUGAUAAUAUUUAAAGUUAAAUAGUUUAAUACUAAAUUUAUUUUAUUUUCGUAUAUUAUUUUGAAUUGAAUGUUGAAAAUUGAAAAGUCAAUUAAAUUCAAUAACAAAUGCAUUUUUGAUUUUAAUUUUUUUUUUAAUUAAAGUAUUAUGAAAUGCAGUUUGUUGAUAAUUUGCUCAUACGUUUUUAUUUCUAAUCUCUAUGAAUAUUUUUUGUGAUAUAGAACUUUAGAUUAGUGCUAGAUUUUGAUAAAUUUCCUUAAAAUUUAUACUAUACAUGUAUGCUUUCAAUGUCCUCUUAUGUUGCUUUCUUUUCUUGUUUAUAACGAAAUAAUUCAGACUAUUGUCGAAAAAUUAAAGCAAAUUUUUAUUCAGAUAAAAAUUUAAGAUUAAUAGUAAAAUUUUAAAAUUUUAAGCAUUAUUAAAAAAUUAAAAUAUUUUAUUUUAUUAAAAAAUUAUGGAUUAAAAUGGAUUUUUUUUUUCAAUUUUUACAAAAAUUCUUUUUAAUAUCUCAGAAUUUAUAUUGUUUCAUAUAAUUCAAAUUGGCCUUAAUAUAAUUGAAUUUCUUAGUGUUUUUAUUUUGAUUCCAUUUUUUUCAUAUUAAACUUUUAACUCAAAAUUUGAAUAUACACCAUAUAAAACUUAAAUUGUAGAUGGAAAGGUUAUUUUUGAAACAUGGCACAAUAACAUUGGAAGAAAAAACGUUCAAAAAUCAAAAGAAAUGUUGUAACAAAUUAAACAUUUAGAAUUAAUCUUCAAUUUCUGAGCAUUGCGACUUUGUAUUUAUGAGUAUAUAUAUGAAAUGCACAAAAAAUUUCAAAAUUACUUUUAGUUAUUGAUUUUGUAAAGUCGUGUUAUCGCAUUAUUUGCAAGAAAUCACAACGCAAAAAGGUUACAGUAUUUAAAUAUAUAAAGAGUAGCAUAAGAAAUAAUUUUUUAUGUUUUUGCCAGAAAUUUGUUUUAAAUUUUUCUCAAUAGAUAUUUUUUAAA